AUGUCUUCUGCUGCUAUACAAGCUCGCGAGCUGCUAGAAAAUGCCUUCCCCGGCCGUAUCACAACUCCAGACUCGAAGAAGAGCUUCGAAACUGAGCGAGAGAGACCAUGGUCCCAGUCCUGCUGGCUCCCAGCCGCCGCUUACGUCGUUCUGAGCACCACCCGGGAGGUCGUCUCGGCCCUUGCCGUCGUAAGGAAGACGGGAUGCAAAUUUGCCAUCCGCACGAGCGGGCACAACCCCAACGUUGGUUUCAGCAGCGUUGACGGGAGCGGUGUCGUCCUCGACCUGCGGGGACUCAAGGGCAGGACCCUGGGCGAUAACAACGUCCUGCACGCUGGGGGCGGGUGUGUCUGGGGUGAUAUUUACCCCUUCCUGGAAGAGCACGGGCGAUCCCCCAUCGGAGGUCGCGAAACACAAGUUGGCCUCGGAGGAUUCCUGACCGGUGGCGGCUAUCCGGCUUUCUCCAGCUUUUAUGGUAUCGGCCCAGAUAGUGUGAAGGGCUGCGAGGUAGUUGUUCUGGCGGAUGGGUCCAUCUUCGAGGCCAACGCUCACAACCACGCGGAGCUCUGGCGUGCUCUCAAGGGCGGCACUUCGAACUUUGCAAUCGUCACGCGCUUCGACAUUGAAGUACACCCUCUGAUCAAGGCCAAGUUCAUAAUCAAGCUCUAUGAUCCAUCUGAUUUUGCCAACAUCAACGCAGCGACUAUUUCCGUGCAGGAGGCCAUUGAGAAAGACCCCAAGCUCAACCUGUUCACCAAUUGCAACAAGCAAUUCGUGGCGGUCAUCAUGAUUUAUGCGGACUCCCCUGCGGGCUUUCCGAAGGCUUUUCAGCCCUUCGACAAGCUGAGUAGCCACCUGAACACAGUGGUCCCGCCCACGGACGGGACAGUCUUCACGGUCGUCAAGACCUUGUCUACGAUGGGCCACGUUGCCCAGUCGUUGAGCCGAAAAAUCGGCUGUGUCACCACUAAGAUCUCGGUGGACCUCUAUGACGAGGUGAACAAGUGCUGGCAGGAGGCAAUCAAGAAGGUUCCGGAAGGAGGGACACUUCAUUAUACUGUCCAGCCUGUGGCCACGGCCGCUGUCCAAGCCGGCAAGGACCGAGGGGCGGAGAAGAUAGCCAAAGACAAGGACUUGCACUUGGACUUCAUCUGUCCGAGCUUCGCGGGUGCCAAGCAGAAUGUCCUCCGCGGCUUCGGGCAGAAGAACCUCCAAGACCUGAAGGAGGUCGCUGCAAAGUACGAUCCGGAGGGUGUUUUUCAAAAACAACAGAGUGGUGGCUUCCUGCUCCGUGAUGCUUGA